CUGGGCGGCGGUUGUCGGCGGUUGCUGGUAGUGUUUCUGUCGUUUAUUUGUUGGUUUAAAAGUCCCAAACAGGACUGAAAACUGUGAAAUAACGACAAAUUCAACGAUGCGUGAUUUUGAUUUGGCGGUUAUUGGUAGAUCACGAAGGCGGCAGCGCUUUGAGUUGGAAUGCUUAACCAGCCAAUCAAAAUUAUACCGUUGUCAGAAGCUCGUUCAAUUACAAGUGACGUGAAGUCAAGUUAAAGAUACCUCGCUAGCACUACGGCACUCUUUGCUUAUGAACCCAUUUCGUUCAGCAGAUAUAUGUUUUACCAACACACAGACAUAAUGUUUUUCUAGAAUACCCUUCGGCUGACAGGGGUCACUUGUCAUUAUGUUGUUUACAGGCCAAGUACACGAAACAUUUCGACGCAGCCUUGUGAAGCGUUGCAGGAAUCUGUUGUGUAAUACGAAAUCUUGUGUACCACUAGGAAAGGAGCAAUUCGAAGAAAUUUAGAGUAGGAUGCUACAAUUUUUUUUCCUAAUCGAAAGAACGGAACUCGCGACAACUUUGUGCAGUUGAUUUUCUGUAAACUUUUCUCCUGGUGAGUUGGGCGUCGCUUUAAAUGUAGUUGCCUGAGGAACCCUCACAAAGAAAAUCUUUCCUUCUCAGUGCUUUUUUUUUUUUUAAAAAAAAAAGAACAAUAUGCUGUGGUACUUCACGUUGUAAUUCUGUAUACGACAGCUGUUUUGAUUGAUUAUUUUAACUCUCCAAUGCAGAUUACACAGAGGAAUGAAACAUAAACGGGUUUCCUAUGCAAAUUUAGUGAGGGAUUGAAGUUUUUAAAACUUAUUUUCAAUAUCUUAUUUAUCUGACGGUCAAAUCCAAUGCAUUCGUUGGUUUUUCCGUGGCUUUCGAAAGUUGUGUAACUGUGCAUAAAGCGAAAACAAAUGAUUUUAACAUUUCUGAAGGCCAAACGGGUUCUCUCAUUUUUUCUGUAAAACGUAUUUUAUGUAAAAUAUCCUGUCUAUUGCAUUCCGAUGACGUAAGCAGGUCUUGUUUCAUUCAAGCCAAAGCCGUUUUGUCCCAGGUUGUAGAAGAAACUUCACCCUUUGCGCUAUUUAAAUAUACUUAUACAGACAUAAUGGUUUUCUAGAAUACCUUUCGUUUGACAGGGGUCACUUGUCAAUGUGUUAUUCGCAGGCCAAGUACACGAAACAUUUCGAUGCAGCCUCCCAUAGCGUUGCAGGAAUCUAUUGCAUCAUGACGAAAUCUUGUGCACCACUAGGAAAGGAGCGAUUCGAAGAAAUAUUAUUCGUGAUACUACCAGAUCAUUUUUAUCCGAAAACGCUCAACUCGCGUCAAUUUUGUGCGUUUAAUUAAAUUUCUGUUUGUCAGUCAAGCGCUAAUUUAAUUGUAGUUGCCCGAGGGACCCUGACCAACACAUGUAACCUAAUGGUUUGAAAAACAAUGUUGUUUGGUGAUGCGUUGCAUGGUAACUGUGCAUACGACAGCUGUGUUGAUUGAUUAUCAACCCAACUUAUGCAAAUUAUAUAAAGGAAUGAAGCAUAAACGACUUUCGUAUUUCAAUCGUAUUUACCGACGGUCUGGUCCAAGGCUUUCGCUGGUUAUUCUGUCGCAUUCUAACGUUGUGUAACCACCGUUUCGAUGAUGUAGCAGACCGUCUCUCUUUUUUGCAAUGGUUGGUGUUCUUCAGUGGUAUUGAAGCAGUUUUCCUUCUGAAGUUUAUCUACGAACAUGUUGGCUGCAAAGUCCCAGUCUUGUGAUCACAAUUUUAACGUCAUUGAGUCUCUUCUCGCUCGCAAGUCAACAGUCUGUUACUUGCGGCUGGGAGUACAGCAAGGCAAUUUCUAGAAGUAACUCGAAUGGAUUCGUGUAAAGAAUUGGUAAAACCGAAAACUCUAAGCAAACUCAGAUAUGCGACGGCUAUCAUUUGGAUUGUAACCGGCGGUUUUCUGUUUUCGAUCUUCUUUUAUAUCGAAAGCGGUAAAAAAGCGUCUGACAUCCGCUGUGAUGCAGAAUUUAACGACAAAGCCAAGGAGGACCUCGUUCUGGGAAAGUGUUUCGAUGACUACCAGAAGAAAUACAACAAGUUUCCCGUGUAUGGCUUCGUCCUUAUAAACUUCUCCGUUAUCACAAUCGUCUCUGUUAUUUACUCGCAGUUGGUAAGAUCGAAAGUUAACGAGCUGGAAACCCGGGAGCCUGAUGUCGAAGGACAGCAAGGAAAUUUGGUCAGAAAGGGUCUUUUUACUGCAUACUGUUAUCAGCUAGCUGCCAUAAUUAUUCUUGCGAUCCUUUCCAUCAUCUUAUUGCAAACCCACGUUUUUCGUCCUAGUAUCAAUUUUCCGUCGAACUUUAUUUGCAAUCUUUCGAAAAGAGGUUCCAAUUCCUCGGCUUUUUCAUCUACAAACGCCUCACUGACAAAAAAUGAUACUUAUUCUUGUCGCAAUACACGAGCAACCGAGAAAUUUGGUGGGAGUGUUGCCUUGACCGUUUUCAAUGGAAUCUGUGCCUUUCUCGCAUUUAUUGAACUUGUCUGGAUCUUCUCACGGGCAAGGAAUGGUAAUCAGUUUAUGGAAGACUCUCAAUUUUUUGCUGAUCAUUUAAGAUCCAACCGUGAUGAGGCGGCAGUACCUCUCACUAGGCCGGAACUGAGAGCGGAACUGCAAAAGCAAUCGGAACGUUUGAUAGAUUGUGUAAGACAUGACCGAGAGCAACUUGAAGAUCAUUUAAGAUCCAACCGUGACGAAGAGGCAGUACCUCUCAAUAGGCCUGAACCGAGAGCGGAACUGCAAGAGGAAUUGGAACGUUUGAAGGAUCGUAUAAUACAAGGCACAGAGCAACUUGAAGAUCUGAAACAACCUAUUCGACCUAAACCAGGAGAAGGCCCAAAACCUAAAGAUCUAGAGCUCGACAAAAUAUUUGUAAAGUUGAUACUCCAUGACGGUAUAGCUGGCUAUGACUUUCCUAAAGAUAGACGGGAACAACUUAAAGUUUUUCCAAAACCAAAAUCAAAUCAGUCUAACUAUGUACCCAUGCAAGAUAUAUUUGAUGGUCAUAACAAACGUGUUCUUUUUGUUGGUCGUCCAGGCAUCGGUAAAACAAUUUUAUCCACUAGGCUGCUUCGAGAGUCUGCAUUAAAUGCGUUCAAGUCUCAGAAUUUUGAUGCGGCAUUUCUUGUGAAAUUUAGACGCUUUAACUCAAGAACGGACCUUAAUCUUCGUGAAAUGCUGUCUCGCUCAGAAACAGUACGAAAUCUAGAUGAUAAAGUCUGGAACUACAUUAUUAAGAACCCAACCAAAGUUCUGUUGAUUUUUGAUGGAGUUGAUGAGUAUAAUGCCAGGUCAGAGAUCUCCAAUGAUGACUCGCACUUUCAUGACCUUGAUGAAGAGAGAAUGCCUCUCCACUGUCUCUACAAGAAAAUAGCUUCCGGAACACUUCUUAAGGGUGCCACCGUCAUCACAACGUCACGACCAACUGCUGUCUCAUGUCUUAAACUGCUGACCUUUGACAGGGUAUUAGAAAUUCUUGGCUUUACAUCUGAUGACAUUGAAAAGUAUGUAAAUAAGUUUAUCGAUGGAGAUCAGAAUCCCAAAGGAAAGAAAACAAUAUGGCAACACAUCAGAACCAAUAUCAAUCUCUUUACUUUGUGCUAUGUUCCUGUGAACUGUUUUAUUAUUUGUUCCUGCUUGUCAUGGUUGCAAUCCCAAGGCUCCAGUUUACCUACAAAGCUUACCAAGAUAUACAGUAUAGCCCUGAAGAUUUUCUACUUUAAACAUGGUAAGAAAUGCCGCCAAUCACAGAAAGCCUUGAAUGAUCUUAUUUUAAAACCAUUACACAAGUUACCCACUGAAUAUAAAGAGGAAUUCCAAAAACUUGGAGAAAUUGCUUUUAAAGGAUUACAAGAAGGCAGACUACAAUUUUCUUCAGAAGAAGUUAAAGGACUAGAGGAUUGUGGAAUGCUUCAUCGUUUGCGUGACCAGCAAGGCCCAACUCCACUAGAUCCAAGUGAACCUCAGUAUUGCUUUAUUCACCUUACAUGUCAAGAAUUCCUUGCUGCUUACCAUGUGGUACAUACCUUGACAGAGGCCAAAGCAUUGCAAAAAUUUAUCUCUGAUCACAUUGAUCGUGCUUCUUGGCAAGUAGUUGUACAAUUUUUAGCUGGAUUAUUAGCUGACAGUGACAAAGGAGAUGAUCUGCAAAACAGCAAAAUGUUUAUUGAGCUUCUUCCCAAGUCAACUCUUACGGCAGAUAAACAAGCACUACAUGGAGAAAGAUUCGACUGGAGGAGUAAAACCUUAUACACCCGUUGGCCAAAUCAAACGCAAACGGUUUUAGCUGUGACCUUAUGUAAAUGUUUACAUGAGCUUGGAACAAAGCAUCAAUCUUUGAUAACAAGGAAAAUGAAAGAAAUUGGUUGUGAUGUAGUGUCGUUUAGUUUUUGCCAACUGGCACCUGUUGACUGUGCAUCAAUUGUUUAUUUCCUUAAGAACCUUGAAAAUGCAUUUGAACUAGUUUUGCACGAGAACACGAUUGGUGAUUUAGGUUGCUGGGAAAUUAAAAAGUGGAUUGUUGAAAAUGAUUGCAACCUGGAAAUCUUGGACUUAAGCUGCAACUUAGUAGGAGAAAAAGGAGUAGAAUACCUAAGUGAUGCACUUAAGCAUGUUAAUUGUAAACUAACUAAUUUGGCCUUAGGUCCGACUGAUCAAGAACAGGAUUUCAGUGAUUUCGCUGUACUCGAGAACCGGGCUAAUAAUAACAUAGGAGACAGAGGAGCACAACACCUUUGUAAUGCACUUAAGGAUGUAAAUUGUAAACUCACAGAGCUUAAUCUGGGACAUAACAACAUAGAGAAUGAAGGAGUUAAACACCUGAGUGAUGUACUUAAAGAGGUGAAUUGUAAACUCCUUGUGUUAAAUCUGGAAUCAAAUCAAUUUGGAGACAAAGGAACAGAACACUUGAGCUAUGCACUGAGAGAUGUAAAUUGUAAACUCAUUAAGUUGAACCUGCAUGGUAACAAAAUAGGGCAAAAGGGAGCAGAACACUUGAGUAAUGCACUGAAAGAUGUUAAUUGCAAACUCCAGUGGUUAAACCUGGGAUGGAAUAAAAUAGGGGAUAAAGGAGCAAAACACCUGUGUAAUGCACUCAAAGUUGUAAAUUGUAAACUUGAGGCAUUGAGCCUUCGUUGUGGCUUAGUAGGAGAUAAAGGAGUAUGUUACAUGAGUGAUGCACUGAAAAAUUUAAAUUGUAAACUCACUCUGUUGGACCUGACAGUUAACGAAAUUACUGAAAAAGGAGCAGAACACUUGGGAGAUGCACUGAAAGAUGUAAAUUGUAAACUUACUCUGUUAAGGCUGCGUGGUAACCCAAUAUCAGAAAGUGGACAAGAACACCUGCGGGAUGCUUGUAAACAUAAAUAUUGUGAACUUGAUAAUUUUAAUUUUUUGACUCCCUGAUAAUAAAGGUUUUCAAUGAUUACUAGUGGUUAGACUUGAUAUGAUUUAGGAAAUAAAAGAGGACAGUUUUUAAACUUUAGGUUUUGUCUCUUGUAAAAAGAAAAAUCAAAGACUCCUUGGAAUUACAUCAUGGCAUGUCUUAAUGUUUCAAUGAAGUAGUGAGAACUUAAAACUAUUUGCUAUCUCCUCCCAAUAUUGCAUGACAUAACCUUAAAUGACCAGUUGAUUAUUAACUUUAUCACAUCCAUUUUGAAAUCACUUGUGAUUCUUGCAAUCUGAUCAGCUUUCACUGGUGCAAUUAAUUCACACAUCACACCAUUUUUUUCUCUAAAUCGCAUCUUUUUCCCAGCCAAUUAAUUUUACAAUUUUAAAAUGAAUGUAACAAAGUGGUAAUUUAACCUUGAGUCGAUUAAUUUUGGUCUGAAAGCACACUUGUGAUUUCAAAUCAAACUCGCACUGUGGGCACAUUUUUGAUUUUGAAAUCACGCAUAUGAUUUCAGACUAAAUUGCACUCUACUCAGUUCAAUUACCAUUAUUUAAAAGCAUGGGGAGAUCCAUAUGCAUAAUAACAAAAGCAGAAGAUGAGGUUUCCAGACAAUGUUUAUUUCUAAAUCUAUUUAAAAGCUUAAUACAUAUCAAGCAGAUACAGGUUUGAAUGCAUUUUGACUCUUGUUCUCUGGCAUAAGCUGCCAUCAAAUGAUUUCUGCCAAUGUGCUGUCACAUAGCAGCAUUGGAAGUGCUUCAUGAAGUUUGCCUAGUCAAGCUUGAGGACAGUAAAAGUAGCUAACAAAGAAAAUGCCUUUACAGGCUCCUAGUGAGUUAUUAUUAACUAAUUUUCUGUGAGUGUGCAAGCUUUGAUGUUUAUAUUGUUGGGAGUUCAACAGUGUAUUGUCUUGUGAAAGUAGUUUUUUUCUAAUUCCACUAAAUACAAUUCAGGACUAAAGCAGUGGAGACAGAUGACUUUGAAUGAGCAAUUCAACCAUUGAACUGUCUCACUGAACAACUAAAAAAAAAACCCUAAAGAAAUGAUUAAUGCCAUUCAUUAAAGUACAAUUGAUCCUAGUGACAGAGAUGAUGAUUUCACUCUGAGCUGUCAACCAUUACACAACCCUGACUUGUACUUUGAUACACUUAGUGAACUUACAGAAAGUGAAAAAUUAUAUAUUCAGGGAAAAUCCUGCAUGAAUCCUCAAAUGAAUUUCAAAUGGUGAGAACUCAGGAACUUUUGGAAUGUAAUAAUUUGAUAGAUCUCAAACACCAAAGUAUGGAAAGAAAAAUGAUCACCUUGAGCGAGUCGUGUUUUAUUCUAAAGAUUUUUUUUCAAGAACCAAUAUAUAGCUUCAUUGAUCACCAAUCUGGUAAAGUCUUCAUCACUGAAAAAAAUUUUCUUUUCUGGAUAGCUAUUAACCCUCUAGCUGCCAAGAUCUGGGUAAAAUUGAACAACAGCUCCCCAAAAUAUCUGUCGGCCAACUGUCGGCCGACAGUUCACCGACAGUUGCAGGGAUGUAGCUAAAGUCUUUAUCAGGCGGGUAUUUGGGUGUUUUUAUUCAUUAUUUCGCAUACAUGAAGUACAAAUACCGCUCGCCAUUGAGCCUGCAAAAUGGACGAUGCAAUGUGAAUAAUGCGAACGUCGCACAAAAUGGAGUGUUUACAAUCUUUUCAGUUCAGGUAAGACAGCAAUGAAGGUGUAAACAAACGAAAUAAAUAAAAAACAAUCUUCUGAAAACAUUUAAAAACAUUUUGGAGAAAGAAGUAGUGCUUUACAGCCGGAAAAAUCGCGUUCACAGCCGGGCAAUUUUCCCGGCUUCCGGCUAUUUUCUACAUCCCUGCAGUUACAUAAUGAAAUAGAAUUCAGAAACAAGUAAAUAGACUGUCAUCUUGGUAAGUUUGAACUUUCAAAAUUGAUCCGGGGAGAAAAAGGGGCUUAUUAAUUCACUGGAUGACGCAAACCGUAUAAAUGAUUUCUGGUUUUAUUCGAUCUUUAAGGAAAACGUUGUGUAAUAUUAGACAGGGCAAACUACAACAUAAGCGAACUACAGUGAUUAAUCGCAUAUCAUCGACCACUUACUUCUGUGACGAUAUUCAGCAGAUUAUUCCUAAUCACUCGUAAACACGGGUGGCAGUUCACUAUUGGGCAUCCGGUUGGCAAAGUCGUAUGAAACGCCGGUCAGCGAGAGAACAAUUUAGCACGGAACGAUUCCUUCUAAAAUGAACUUUUAACACGUUGCGUGAUCUUACGAGGUUACUAAUCCCAAGGGUAUCGUGAACUUAAUGAAACGGGAAAUCAAUUUUCAAUCAAUUAUGAGUCAUAUCUAAUUAUAUACUUUUCUCAACGAAACAAAAAUUACCUCAAAAUGAAUUUUGACGGACACCACGCGAUAGAGGUAAAUUACGAGUGCGAGUGUCUUAAUCGCCCAAUAAUGCAUUGCAAACCUCAUCAUUGGCCAUAUCGAUCUUCAUUUAUUUGAACUUGAUGUGUAGUAUCUGACCAAGGGCGGCCCAAGUUCUC